AUGAAUAUCGCAUUUGAUUCCAACGCGAAUACCGCUUUCUGGGAACCCUGUGAUGCCAACACGACAUGCGCUCUGGAGGAAACUUUUCGUGACAUUGAGGCCUCACUGCAAAAAGUUGAAACAGACAUGUGCAAGAAAAAUCUCGUCGAAUGCAAUUGUCCAAGUAUUGAAGAUGCAUACAAAUCAAGUGACCACUACCGCAGAAUUCUUCAGCGGUCCAUUUCUGAUGGCUUGCUUUACAACGAUGCUUUGGUCGAUUCGUCUGGCGAUGACCUUUUUCAGAAUCUUCGAAUCGCCUUUUACCGGACCCACAUAGAUAUGCAGACCCACAAGGGAUUUAGCUCGCCCGGCCGUCCACAUAUCACCAUCCUUUCCAUUCAGCCUCAUCGAGCACAAUCGCAAAAGGACCUUUUGUGCACAGAAUUUUGGAUGAUGUAUUACUGGGCUAACAAGCUUGCACGACGCGCGCUCCAUACGACUGAUCAUUGCUUGCCGAUACGCAUGGUCUCCCUCUGCGGUUACGAAGCUCGUGUGGUAUCAGCCGUUUUCAGUCUUGGUUAUCCGCGCUCCGUUGUAAGGGGGAAGGGACCUGACCCAUAUCAAAGCGCGAAAUGCCAGAUACACAUUGCUGAGUACAGAGAUCUUAGCAAUCAACAGCACUUCCAGGAUCUGAUGGAGGAGUUGGCAGCUACGCCUUGCGGCAACGCCGAGGUGCAGCAGAAGUCGCCUAGAAAGAAGAACAUCUGA